AUGUUUGAUGAUGCUGGGAAGGUUAAGUUUGAUUAUUUUAAGGCACAAAAGGAUAAGAGAGGAAAGAUUCAAGGAUUUGGAAAGCCGUAUAACAAGGAUAAGGGGAAGAAGAGAGAAUCUGGUGGAGGCUCUAAGGCGAGUUUGGAGGAUGUCAGAUGCUUCAAGUGUGGGACUUUGGGUCAUUAUGCCAAUGAUUCCAAGAACGGUGAUAAAUGUUUCAGGUGUGGACAAGCGGGUCACAAGUCGGCUGAUUGCAAGAAGGAGAUCACUUGUUAUAAUUGUGGAGAGAAGGGCCAUAUUAGUACCUAG